ACAGGCAGCUUUGUAAUGAUAAUGGUGAUGCAGAAGCGAAGGGUCGAGAAAUCAGGGUAUGACAGCUCUGAUACUGAUGUUUUAGGAGGAUUUUGGGCUAUGAGAUUGCUAGUGAAUUUUUGCAUUUUUGCAGUGCUGUGGUGUAUUAAAAUCUCUUAACAAAGCAUUCAAUACAAUUUUUAGAGCUGAAUUUGGGCUAUGGCUUGCCCCAGCAUUUGUCUUGAACAUUUCAUCAGCUUACAUGGUACAGAUUUUCAUCUUUACUAGAAAAUAAAAUUGUUUAUAUCUCUCAGUCGCUCAAGAACACUGUUUUGUCGAUGGUUGUGAGAGCUAUUAUUUUGGUGGUUUUGCUCUGUGGUGCUGCUCUACACCUCCUGUCUUCACACACCGUGCAGUGUGAAGCUCUCGUACAGGAAGCAGUCGCAGGUUGUGAGUGUGUACGCGCUGUGAAAGCGGAAUCGAAGCAGCAGGCUCAUGCCGUAAAUCCGCUCACUGCUUCUCUCUCACACACACACAUACACACACAUACACACACACACGCGCGGUUAUCUGGAGGUGUCGGGUUGUUGGUGCGCUUUGGGGACGAGCUUCUGUGCGGCUGAAGUUCGAGUUCGCGAUGGACCAGAGAGACACGGCGCCUGAGAGCUGGGAGGAGGACGAUGUGGAGGCCCAGGCCGACACCGAGCUGCAGUCUGCCUUCACCGGCCUCAACGUCAACGCUCCAGAGUUUGUACCGUCCUUUGCACCAAGAGCGUCUCCGAACAGCGCCGGCUCUCAGGGUCCAGACGCAGUUGCAAACAUGGAGAUUUCAGAACCAGUAGCUGCUGUAGAAAAUGGAGAAACAGAUACUGGCACAGCAGAAUCGUGGGAGGAGAAGGGUGAAUCUGAUGAUGUGGAGGCAGGAGGUGGGACUAUGCAGGAAAGUGGGCCUCUCAGGGAAGAAGCCCAAGAUGAGAUGAUGGAGGAGGAUGAGGAAAUGCCUGCCCCUAAACUGCCGCCUCCUCUCCCAGAUGCCCCGAAGAAGGAGCAUGUUAAUGUGGUGUUCAUCGGACAUGUCGAUGCUGGCAAGUCAACCAUUGGUGGGCAAAUCAUGUAUUUGACUGGCAUGGUGGACAAAAGAACCCUGGAGAAAUAUGAAAGGGAAGCAAAAGAAAAGAACAGGGAGACAUGGUAUCUCUCUUGGGCUUUAGACACAAACCAGGAGGAGAGAGACAAGGGGAAAACAGUAGAAGUAGGAAGGGCAUAUUUUGAGACUGAGAAAAAGCACUUUACCAUCCUGGAUGCCCCGGGCCAUAAAAGCUUUGUGCCCAACAUGAUCGGUGGAGCCUCACAAGCUGACUUGGCAGUACUGGUCAUUUCAGCCAGAAAGGGCGAGUUUGAGACAGGCUUUGAAAAGGGCGGUCAAACCCGUGAACAUGCUAUGCUGGCCAAAACAGCUGGAGUCAAACACCUGAUAGUGCUCAUCAACAAAAUGGAUGAUCACACAGUAAACUGGAGCUUGGAUAGAUAUGAGGAAUGUAAAGAGAAAUUAGUGCCAUUUUUAAAGAAGGUGGGCUUUAAUCCAAAGAAAGACAUCCACUUCAUGCCCUGCUCUGGACUGACAGGAGCCAACUUAAAGGAAUCUUCUGAGAUGUGUCCCUGGUACACGGGGUUACCAUUUAUUCCACAUUUGGACAGCUUGCCAAACUUCAACCGAUCAAGUGAUGGUCCAAUCAGAUUGCCCAUUGUUGAUAAGUACAGGGACAUGGGCACUGUGGUUCUUGGCAAACUGGAAUCAGGGAGUAUUAGCAAAGCGCAACAGCUUAUCAUGAUGCCAAAUAGGCACACUGUGGAGGUGCUGAGCCUACUCUCUGAUGAUGUGGAAACGGAUGACGCUGGGCCUGGAGAGAACCUGAAGCUACGUCUCAAAGGCAUUGAAGAAGAGGAGAUCCUCCCAGGUUUCAUUUUAUGCAAUGCAGAGAACCUGUGCCACUCAGGGCGCACAUUCGAUGCCCAGAUUGUCAUUAUUGAACACAAAUCCAUUAUAUGUCCAGGUUACAAUGCAGUUCUACACAUUCAUACCUGCAUAGAGGAAGUGCAGAUAACAGCCUUAAUCUGUCUGGUGGACAAGAAGACGGGAGAGAAGAGCAAGACACGUCCCCGCUUUGUUAAACAAGACCAAGUGUGCAUUGCUCGUCUUAGAACGGCAGGAACGAUCUGCUUAGAAACGUUCAAAGACUUCCCGCAAAUGGGUCGCUUCACUUUGAGGGACGAGGGUAAAACGAUUGCUAUUGGCAAGGUGUUGAAGUUGGUGCCAGAGAAGGACUAAUUCAACACCAAAGGACUGAUCUGCUGCAUCUUGGAUUAGGAGGAAGGAUGCAGCGACCUACCAACCCGACUCGUCCAAUCCGCUCCAUUCUCUUACUGCGGAUGAAACGAAGAGAAUCAUUUAAAAAAGGACAAUAUGACAAAAUGACAGUAUGUUUUACGAAGAACAAUAUUAUAGAGAAAAAAAAGCUCAGUGUGACAGCUUUCUCAUAUUGAGAGCUCAGCUAUGCCACUCAUGUAGCCCAAGUUUAAACUCAGCCCAUUUCCACAGGCCCAUCUUCAAUGACUAAAUGGAUGCAAUCUUCUUAUAGACUAUUGGCUUUUUAACUGCCCUCUUUUUUGAAAGAUUGAGCCAUUCCUUUGUUAACUGUUCUCAAGCAAUCAGAAACUGACAACACACUAAAACUAAGAUCUCAAACGUUCUCUGGGGUCAAGCUUGUACAGACAAUUAGAGAUUGUAUUUGGUAUCAGAAGGUGACGUCUAACCCCACCAGCACUGCACUGAAAUGGGGUUCAUGUACGUUUAAUUAGUCUGUAUCAAGAAGUUCUUUUCAGAUCCCGUGUCUGUACAGUUUGACUGCUUGAGGACAUGAGCACAGGAACAUCAUGGAGCCUUCCAAAGUUCCUGGUCAGAUGUGAAGUUCAGUCUUUUUAAAAUCAGUACAGUUGCAAUAUGGACUAUGCGCAUGCAUUUCAGUAAACGACUAGCAUUUUGUAAACAAAUAAAUGCACAAUUUCAGUCAGAUAAUAAUGAUCAUUGUAGCCUGCUGUAAACGAAACAGGAUCAGGCAUAUGCAUACAAUAACUAGUCACUGCAUAUUCUAAAAAAAAUAAAAUAAAUUGUAUUUGAAAUAAAGAACUGUGAUGUUACAGUUUCUCACACUACUCCGCAUCUGAUCCAGUCUCACAUACUUCUGUGGCAAUGCCAGCAUUAACUAUUCAACAAAUAAAAUCAUGAAUUGAUA